AUGCGCAAUGACACGGAUCUGGGCCCUUCCGCAGUGGCCAGCUUUGUGAGAGGGGAGUUGGCGCGGAGUUUGAGGAGCAGGAAACCAUAUACGGUGAACUUGCUACUGGGGGGCGUUGAUCCGAUCACGAGGGAGCCGAGCCUGUACUGGUUGGACUACCUUGCGAGCAGCGUAAAGGUGCCAUACGCGUGUCACGGAUAUGCCCAGUAUUACUGCCUUUCAAUUCUCGACAAACACCACCACCCAGACAUCUCCUUCGACCAAGGCUUGAAGAUUCUGCGCAUGUGCACGGACGAGCUGCAGCGACGUCUCCCUAUUGACUUCAAGGGCAUGACGGUGAAGGUGGUCAAGAAAGACGGCAUCGUGGAUCUGGAGUAUGACACUAGCAAACAGGUCCUGGCUGCUUAG